AUGAGGCGGGGAACGAAGUGUGUCGCGCAGACCAUCAACUUGUCCAAUCCGGAGACAUGCAUAAGACCGAAGAGGAUUCAGAAGCUCGUUCAGGCAGAAGUGAUGCAUCCUUGUCCGAGCAUUGGUGUUGGUGGUACGGCUUAUUGGACUCCUAAGCCGGUGACCAUUAAAAUCUGUACACGGAAGGACAUGCAGAGAACGUGUCCGCCAAAGAUCUGCGAUUGUCCGCAGAAGACACAACGGAGGACGAUUAGGCAAAAAUUGUGCAGCGCUUUGUUCUUCCUUCUAAAGAGUGGCAUCGCAGCUGGCCUCGUUUAUUGGACGCAUUCCGAGGGCUUGUGGGGGAGCAGCGCCGACGUGGAGGACCUUUAUCGCAGGAUAAUGGCCACGAUUAUGCCCGCCUUGGCCGACGAAUACGGCAAAGAAGUAAUCGAGUUGCCUCGCAUAAGCGAGUUCAAGUACUCGUUAGUACAGAAGUACAAUCACGCCGUGUUUACCGUGAUGGAAUGCAUCAUGAGCGCGUCGGCGAUGCUUCGGAAGCAGCUACAAAAUAUCAUGCUCGCCAUCGAGCCACCGAAGGACAAGCCGGCCGAGUCCCAGUCGUCCCAGGUCGAGGUAACCGAAGCGGAGACCGAGGACGGGUCGCUCGACGAUACCGAAGAGAAAACUUAA